UCUCGGAUCACUCAUGGCGCCCCGAGGCCGCAAGCACCAAACCCUAGCGUCCUCCGCUGCCGCUUCCCCUCGCCCCCGGGUGUUGGCGCCUGCACCAGCGAUGGAGACUACGACGACGACGACGGUCGCCGACCUCACGGACUUCAUCCUCCAGGCCAUCCUCGUCCGCCUCACGCCCGCCGACCUCCUCCGCGCGGCGCUCGCCUGCCACCGCUGGCGCCGCGCCGCCACCCUCGCGCUCCCACGCGUGCCGCCGCUCCUCGGCUACUUCUUCCACCCCAAGGGCCCCUCCAGCCCACCCCCGAUGCCGACGACGGACAAGACCCACCACCCCGCCGUCUUCCUCCCGCUCGACGCCGCCGCCGCCGCCUCCCCGCGCCUCUCCCUCGACCUCACCAAGGGCUUCGCCAGCACCCUGUCCAUCCAGGACGUCCACCACGGCCUCGUGCUCCUCACCCCUCACUCGCGCCCCAAGUCGCCGCUCCUGCCCCGCAUCCUCGCCGUCGACCCGGCGUCGCGCCGCCGCGUCCUGCUCUCGCCGCCGCCGCGCGACGCGCUGCCCGAGCGCGGGGACCUCUGGCGCCGCGAAAGGUGCGUCAUUGGCGUCGCCGUCCUCGCGCGCGCGCACCCGAGCAGCCUCACCUUCGACGCCGUCUGGCUCACCGUCGACGGCGACCGCCCGCGCGCCUGGGUCGCGUCCGUCCGCGACGGCACCUGCGACAGCUGCCGCGUGCUGCCGAGGGCCGAGGGCGUCGUCGUCGACUUCGACCCGUGGUGGUUCGAGGCCCGCUGCGUGCACGCCGCUGGCAACAUCUACUGGCACAUCUGCAACUCCAGCCGCGUGCUCCAGCUGGAUCCUCGCACGAUGGACUUGUCCUACAUGCCCGUGCCUGCCGUCCUCGGGGAUCGCUUCAAGAAGUACCGCGUCGGAGAGACGCCCGAGGACGGCCGUCUGUGCAUCGCGUCCAUCGUGGACGAUGUGAGUCUGCAGAUCUGGGUGCGUGGAGGAGGAGGAGAGUCCAGGUGGAGCGACAGGGGGUGGUGGCUGCAGAGGGAGAUUUGCAUGACCAAAGUGCUCGACACCGUGCCUGGGCUACCCAAGGACAGGAUGAUGCGGAUGCUCUGCACCUGGCUCAGCGACAUGGACUACGCUCGCACCGGGAAGGUGUUCAUCUGUACAUGGGGAUAUGGGCGCUACUCGUUCCAUCUGGAGACCGGCAAGCUGGAGCGCUUGGUGAUGAAAGAUGGCAAGGAGCAUGGAGACCCUAUCUAUGCCUACACCUUGGCAUGGCCGCCUCAGUUCCUCGCUGCUCCAAGAAACUGACUUUCUGGUUGUUGACCAGUGAGAGAAGAUAACAGUGACGCAUACAAAUCAGCUCACCUCUUUGGUUCUGGGGGUUACGAGUGCCGUUCACUAAGCUCUUUGUUCCGUAUGAGACUGAAUUAAUGUUGAACUUGUCUUUUCGCAUUUUCGGAUUAGAUGGCAUUCUGAAGACCGUAGUAGGGUGUGCCACGUACGUUAUGCUGGUUCCUGGCAAAACAUUUCUAUGCUUGCUUGUCAUGAGAUAUUUGUCCCUUUAGACUAAGAUGCCAUUUUGAAGACAUUAGGGUGGAAUGUCUCCCGUGGUGCUGUUUCAGCUGCUGAACUGUGGUUUUGUUCGUCACAAGUACCAUCUAUCAUUUUCUACUCAAAUGAUAACCUUCCUCCUGUUUUGCGUA